CUAACAAAUCUACUGAAAACAAUAACUCAAAUAAGACACAACCUAGAUUUGAGUUAAUGUUUUCAGUAAUUGAACAUGACUCCAACCUUGUGAAAGUGACAAACUGACAAGUUUUAAUUUGAGUCAAAAACAUCUUUAUCUGAGUGCUUUUGAUUUGAUGGCCUGCACAUGCGCAGUAUGGCUCGAGACGACCGUUAUGCCAUCGCCUAGAAGCGUGGUCGGGGAUUUAUAUUGUCUUCAUGCUGUACAGUCUUUGGUAAUGUCAUCUUUUUUUAGGCACGAACACCGCCAUGGUUCGUUUGGACAAAGUCUAUGGGGAAAAGAAUGGAGAUUUUUGUAGUGUUUUUGGAUAAACGGCAAAAGUUAGGUCUGUGGUAAAUGCAGGCUUAUGAGUUCUUAUACGUUUUGUUCAAUGAGAGAGUCUUCAUCAGGUAACAACUUUUUGUGAAUUUUGAAGCAUUUAUCAGAAAAAUCACAAAGGCUUCAUAGUUCAUGAAGGCCAGGUUAACCAAUGACUAUAAUGUCAUAGAACAAAACCUAUAAGAUCUCCUAAGCCUGUGUUAACCUCAGACCUUUUUUUCUGUGUUCAUUCCAAAACCCUAUUCUUUCCCCAUAGGAAUGGCUGAACGAACCAGAGGUAACUCUUUUCCGUUUUUUUAUGACUACAGGCUGGCGAACUCUAUUGCUAUCCCAUCUAGCUAGUUAACUUACUGGUUUCACUUCCUCAUUUCAGUGUGGCUGGCUGCACAGCUAUCUACUUGGGUAACCUUUUUUUAAAUUUCUCUACACAGCUUUGCACAAUUAUGAAUCUUGUAACAGGGGAGGCUAUUAGGAAAAUCUGCCAACUAUUCCUAGUGGCCUCCUCAAGUUUACAUAAUGAAAACGAUAAACUGAAGACCAAGGUGGAGCAGAUGAAUGAAGAUAUGAAGGCAUUGACUGAGAAGGCUGAACAUUAUAGAGCAUCACUGGCUAAAAUGCAGGCACAAGCAGAACCAAAAGGACCCACGCAUAUUCUGCUUAAUGGAAUGAUUUUUGCAAUUCCACCAGUUGGUCUCCCAAUAUUGUCUGGAAUGACAGCGGCUUCAACAUUGCCAGGGAAUGUCAGUCAAGCAAACCCAGUCACUAACACCAUAUCAGUCUCUGCAGGUCCUGCAAAGGUUUGCAGCAAACCCACAGAGAUGUCUUCAUUGGAGAAUGACUCCUCUCUGGGAGACACAGAUGGACUGAAUACAGACCCCUCCCCAAGAGACACUGACUCCAACGUUGAGCAUAUGAGAGCUGCUCUGCCAGGGAGCAACGAGAGAGACGGCCAUGAAAGCCAGAAAAACAGCAAUACUACUAAAAGGAUGCGAUCCAAAGAAACCAAAUGCUUCAAGUGUGAUGUUUGUGAGAAGACCUUCAGCCGGAAGAACCUACUGGUACAACACAAGCUAACUCACACAAGACCCUUCAAGUGUGAUGUUUGUGAAAAGACUUUCAGCAGGAAGGGGUCACUGGAAGCUCACAAGCUAAUUCACACACUGGUACAUCAGAUGCUAAUUCACACAGAAGAGAGGCCAUUCACUUGUGGUCAGUGUGGCAAAACAUUCAGAAUGUCCAAGCAGCUUGAACAUCACAUGUUGCGUCACAGAGAAAAAACGUUCAGUUGCAAAGUUUGUGGAAAUGUUUUGUCUACCAAGAAAGAUCUGAAACGACAUCAGCUUGUUCAUGCAGUGGAGAGACCGUUCAAGUGCCUGACUUGUGACAAGGGUUUCACAUCAAGGAAACUGCUUAUCGAGCACGAGAGAAUCCACACCGGUGAAAAACCAUACACCUGUGCUGUAUGUGGAAAGAGUUACAGACAGCAUGGUGGCCUUAGUAUUCAUAUGCGACGACAUACAGGUGUACGUCCGCAUUCAUGUUCAGAGUGUGGUAAGGGUUUUAUGACAAGCAGCAGCCUCAAAAACCACAUGGUUGUUCAUACAGGGGAGAAGGCAUUUACAUGUGAGACAUGUGGAGCUGCUUUCGGCCAUAAGGGAAACCUUGUGAGACACCAAGUGCUUCACACAGGGGAGAGACCGUACAAAUGUGAAGUGUGUGGGAAAAGCUACCUUCAGUCCACUGACCUAAAAGCUCACAUGCACCGUCAUGGAGCAACCAAACCAUUUAUGUGUGACCUAUGUGGGAAGACUUUUAUGUACAAUUUUCAAAUGAGACGACACCAUCUAAAAUGGCACACAGCUGAAGGAGAGAAGCAGAGGGUACGAAAGAGAAAAGAGAGAACGAGAACCGCCAGGAGACCGGGAACCUCAACAAAGCCAUUCAGUUGUGACAUAUGUUUGAACGGCUUCAGCUCCAUGCUAACUCUGAAAAACCAUCAACGAAUUCACACGGGACAAAAGCAAUACUCUUGUUCCAUUUGCGGAAAGACCUUUGCCUAUAAACAUACUUUUGACUAUCACAUGAGACUUCACAGUGGAGUGAAGCCUUACGCUUGUAAAUACUGUGAAAAGACAUUUGUUCUUAGGCAAGCUCUAGAAGGACAUGAGCGAACCCAUACAGGUGAAAAGCCCUUCAAAUGCAGUUAUUGUGACAAGACUUUCUCAGUCAACACCAAUCUGAAAAGGCAUGAGCGAGUCCACACGGGAGAGAAGCCAUUCAAAUGUGACGUCUGCGGGAGAGGUUUCAGCCAAGCCAACAACGUCAAAGCCCACAUGCAAGUCCACACUGGAGUUAGGCCUUAUUAUUGCAAGAGAUGUGGAAAGGGCUUUUCUGACAUAAGACACUACAAAAACCAUAGCUGUAAUGGUGUGGCAGCAACACGUGAUCGGUCUCGUAAAUCUUCAGACCGCUCUUUCAGAAAUAAGAAAGGAGGUGAAGACAGCAGUGCUUGCCAUAAUGCUGCUGUGAUGUCGACUCAGUGAUAUAAUCUCUAUCAUUCACAGUGGGGCAACUUCCUGCUUUCAGACAUCAGGAACAACAUGUAUGUAUUCAGUAGGGUGAGAAGUUAUCGGGUGAGUUUCUGGAAAGCGUUGUAGAAAAUUAGAAAACGUUCUUUAGGAAAUGAGAUGAGUGCCUGCUGUAAUGCUUGGAGAUCUUGCAAGUCUUAGGGUCAUUGUUCAUUAGCCCACAUUCUCAUGGACGUGUAUAUUUCUGACUGCUGAAUCAUUUACAGUGUUUUAUUUCUUUCUGUUGUGUAAAUCAUUUAACACCUAAUUCAUGUGUAAAUAUCAGAACUUCUCAUUUACAUUAUUGUCCGUCAGCUACAUAGGAUCGCUAGAUUAGUUAUUCAGAAGAUUGUCCUGAUUGGACAAGAAUGAAGGAUUUCUUUUUUAUACAGUAUAUACGUACACUAAGUGUAUAAAACAUUAAGAACACCUGCUCUAUCCAUAUACAUAGACUGGGUGAAUGGGCAUGUCAAACAUUUUUAAGUGCCUUUUAAACGGGUAUGGUGGGGGUGGGCAACGCAAUAUUAGGAAGGUAUUACUAAUGUUUGGUAUACUCACUGUAUAUAUGUUGCCAUUAAAAUGAACCUGAAUACCUUUUUUCCUGGUUUCUAAACUUUGGUCGUCUCCCUGGAUUUUGGUUAUUUUUCAUUUUAAA